CUCAUAUAAACACCAUGUUCGGUCUCACACCUUUUCAUAUGCCACAAGGCUAUUGUUUGUCUUAUUAUUUUAGACAAUUUGCAGUAGAACCUCUUUGUUUCAUAUUGCUACUAUUACUAUUACUAUUACUAUUACUAUUACUAUUACUAUUACUAUUACUAUUACUAUUACUAUUAUUUAUAGCCAGUACUAACAAACUUAAGAAUGGCUUUAACUUAACACCACUACAUUUAAAAUCAAAAACACAAUUUUUGUAAGUAUAUUGUGUUAAAUAAUGUUCAUUUAUUUCCACAUGUAGGUCAUGAUUGACCAGAUUCAACCCAUGGGACACAAAAUGCUUAGGUCUACUCUUUGUUAUAAAACAACCAAUAACUAAAAGGAAUGUAAGGUUUAGUUUUUAAGAUGGUUAGAAACAGUGAUGGUCAAUAGUGAGACUGAGCAGGAGUCAGACAGAGGAGGAGGAGGAGGUUGAGGAAGAGAGGCAGCCUUUGCCUUUUCUGGUAUAGUCCCAUCCACAGAGAACCAGCAGGGACUCAGAGCGGCACAGGGCAAGAUAUAAGCCAGACAGUACAGAGGCUGAUAUAUGAACUUCAGGCUGAGGCCAUUGUCUAUGGAGCAAAACUCUGACUCUUCUCAGUAAGAGGUUAAGUCUUUGAUCGUGACAUUAUGGAUGACGACUUUGACCGUCGUAUGGAGCUGAGGAGGCAGAGGAGAGAGCAGAUGCGGCAGGAGGCUGAAAAGACGGGAACAACAAAUGAAGAGGAGGAAGAAGAAGCUCGUGAGCGGAGGAGACGAGCCAGAGAAGAGAGGAAGAAGAUGAGAGAGAUGGAGGACCCUGAGGCCAACGAUCAAGUCAUUGACACCAAUAAUGUGACAGAGACAGACUCUAGCAGCGGCUCUAACCUCACCUCAGGGCUGGACGAUGACCAGGCAUUACUCGAGCGUUUGGCCCGGAGAGAGGAGCGCAGGCAGAAGAGGAUGAAGGACGCUAUGGAGAGGCAGAAGUCUCUGGAGCUUGAGCAGGCUCCUCCUGUUGCCAACGGCGACGGGACAGACCAUAAACCUGAGGAAGAGCAGACCCCUGUCAGCAGCAGCACCACAGAGGCCCAGUCUGAGCAAGAGGAGGCACAGGCACAAGCAAGACAAGCCCAGGAGGAAGAGGAGCUGAACUCAACUCACAAAGAGGAAGAGCAGACACAGGAGGAAGAGCAGCAACCUGAAGAAGACACAAGUGCUUCUGCCAUUGUAAAUGAGGAGCAGGCAGAGGAAAAGCCUGCAGAGACAGAUGCAGGAGAAGAAGAGGCUCAGUCUAAGGAUGCAGAAGAGGAAGUGACUCCCACUGUUGAAGAAGGUGAAGAAGAGGAAGAAGAGGGAGAACAGGAGGAAGAAGGACAGAAAGAGGAAAUAGAGGAAGAGUCACAAACAGAGGAAGCAGAGGAGAAAAGUCAAGAAGAAGAGGAGAAAAAACAACAAGAACAAGAGGAAGAGGAACGGAAAAGACAGGAGGAAGAGGACGAAAAAAGACAAGAACAAGAGGAGCAGAGGAGAAAAGAGGAGGAAGAACAGCAAAGGAAAGAGGAGGAGAGAAAAAGACAAGAAGAGGAAGAGAGGUUAAAGAGGGAGGAAGAGGAGAGGAGGAGACAAGAGGAGGAGCAGAGGAGGAGGGAGGAAGAGGAAAAGCUAAAACGAGAAAUGGAGGAGAAGAAAAAGAAAGAGGAGGAGGAGAGAAGGAAGAAGGAGCUAGAAGAGAAGAAGAAAAAGGAGGAAGAGGAGAGGUUAAAACGACAGGAAGAGGAGAAGAAGAAGAAAAAAGAAGAGGAGGAGCGACGGAAAAAAGAGCUGGAGGAGAAGAAGAAGAGAGAGGAGGAAGAGAAGAAGAAGAGAGAAGCAGAGGACAAGAGGAAGAAGGAGGAGGAGGAGAAACGCAAGAAGAUGGAACUGGAGGAGAAGAAGAAAAAACAAGAGGAAGAAAAAUCUAAGAAAUUUGGAUUCAAGGAAAAGAAUGAGCCCAAAAAGCUUCAAUCGCCCUUUGAGAGUAAACUUAAGAAAACUGAAAAACCAAGUUUCAGGGAAAAUGCCCCCUUCUCAAAGUCAGAGGACGCAGAGAAGAAGGAGGCAGAGAGGAAGCUCCAGGAGCUGAAACAGAGACGAAAUGAAGCUGAGAGUGAAGAAAUCGAGAAGAUGAAGCAGAAGCAGCAGGGAGCUGAGGCCGAGCUGGAGGAGCUGAAGAAGAAGAGAGAGGAGAGGAGGAGGAUUCUGGAGGAAGAGGAGAGACAAAAGAGACAGGAACUGGAGGACAAGAAGGCCAAAGAACAGGAAGAGAGAAAGAGGAUGAAGGAGGAAAUAGAGAAAAGAAGAGCAGAAGCAGCAGAGAAGAAGAAACAGUUGGAGGGGGAAUCAACCAAACCUGCAUUUGCCAUUAGCCCUAAAGGAUCCUCAAAGAUUGGGGAGAAGGCAGAAUUCCUGAGCAAAUCAGCCCAGAAAACCACGCCAAGCAGAAUCUCUCAUACCCCCAUUGUUUCAAAGAUUGGCAGCCGACUAGAACAGUUUAACUCUGCCGUACAGGGUCAGAAAGAAGUCAAAUCCCCCAAACCCACAGUGACAGACAUUCCUACUGGAGGAGCUCGGAGCAUAAAGACCAUGUGGGAAAAAGGCAACUUUAGUGGCAGCACUGAGUCCAGUCCAGCUCCUGCUAAUAAAGAGACCCCUGGUAAUAAAGUAGGUGUGCCCGGUCGUCUGAGCAGUCGGAUGUCAAAACCUGCUGAGCCAGAGAAGACAGCGCCACCUGCAGCUGAAGUGGCAGCAUCUCCUCCACCCCAGACAACACCAGCAAAGCCCACGGAUGUAAAACCAAGUGAGAGUGCAAACAAACGUGGCAUGUGGGAACCCAAGAAGACCUCAACACCCGGCAAGUUGGGAGGAGGAGUUAAGAGAUGGUGAGAUUAAAGAUCUACAAUAUUUCUGAUGAUAUAAAGCAUCUUCUGAUAUUGAAGAAUCCAAUCCAGUACAAAGAUUUGGAUCAUGUUAAGUCUUGUCUGCUACUUCUGCUACACUGUCUUCUAUCAAUUCAUCUAUUGUUCAAAUGUGUGUUUUUAUAUAAUUUACAGAUACGUGUAGGAGACAUAAAUGUUAAUAUGCUUUCGCAUUCAUGAGCCAGUAGCAUUAUUUUUAGAGAUCACCGCUUUUGAGCACACUCCAGUUAAGGGGGGCUUUUUGAAAUAGACAGAUCAUGCUAAUACUACAGUAUGUUGUAAGCACUUUCAGUAGAAACUUCAGAGAAAAUAAACUGUUAGAAAUCAGAUUUUUUUAAAGCAAGUUUUCAAGUUAUUUGAGUAACAAAGUAUUAAUAACCCAAAGACUUGAAGUAUGUUUUACAUUUUUACAAAUGUCUGUAAUUACAUCUACCUUUAAAUGCAUUAAAACUUGUGUUUGCCUGCCUUUAUUGCUUGAGCAAAAAUAAAACUUGCUU